CAACAAUUGACUUUGGCUACAACGAAAAGCCUUUUAUGCCAGAAUGAGUGAUUACGCCUCAGGUACGAAGAGAAAGCGAUCGCGCUCUCCUCCGCCUUGGCGAAAACACAACACCAACCAAGGUUACCGCGAACGAGAUGCGCCUCGAGGUCGAGACGAUGGCCCGCAGCAGAGGUGGUCUCACAAGGAUCAGAUGAAAAUAAACCAGCUACAAGAGGACGAACGUAUGAGAGAAUGGGUGGCACAAGAGGACGACUUUGUGCUGCGGCAAGCAAAGAAGAAGGCCGACAUUCGAGUCAAAGAAGGACGUGCAAAACCUAUAGACUGGCUGGCUGUGAUCUUGCGCGUGGUGGACCCUACGAGAAAUCCGUUGGACGAUGAGAUCGAAGAGAAGGACCUUGAAUUCAUGGACCCCAACAGCGUCUUUGACGGGCUCUCGGAGACGCAACUCGGCGAUUUGCGCAAGGAUAUCGAAACGUACAUGAAUUUGGAGACCAACAGGACAAACAGAGAUUACUGGCGGACAAUGCAGAUCAUUUGCAAGGACAGGCAGAAGAAGAUGCGGGUAGGCGGACCUGAUGGGCGGGCGGUUAGUUCUGUGGCCUCUGACAUCGAUAACUUGCUCGCCCCAAAGACGUAUGAGCAAUUGGAAGUGUUAGAGAGACAGAUCAGAACGAAACUGGAGUCGGAUGAGCCUAUUGAUACGGACUACUGGCAACAGCUCUUGGACAGUCUGCUGGUAUGGAAGGCAAAGGCCAAACUGAAGAAAGUGUACCAGGAUGUGCUUGACUCGCGGCUGAAACAGCUGAGGGAGGAAAAUGAGCAAAAAGCAGUCGAGGUUCGUGAAAAGCUGCUUGCCGCUGGUGUCCAAGCGAUUGGACGGGUGGAAUACUCCAAAGACCUCGACCCUGAUCCCUUGCUCGAAAUCUCAUCCAAGGAUAAAAGCUUGGAAAUUGUGGACGAGAACGCCUUCUUACAAAGCGUCGCCGCGGGCAGACGCAAAGUGUUGAACAUGGGCUACGUGCCAGCACAAAAAGCCCCGGCGACAAAAACGAGCACUUCUCCCUCCUCACUCUCACGUCCGUCAGCAGGACAAUCCCACACCGACCCGACCAGCCGGUUCGACACCAGCACGAACGACGAGCACUCGGCCACGACCAAAGCGCUGUUCGACCGCGAAGUGGCCAAGGGCGUCAAUGAGGACGAAGAGAUCUUCGCCGGCGAGGAGGACCUGACCACUGGUGCCUCCGGUGAUUCCUCGAAAGCGUUGUGGAGCGGCAAAUACCGGCCCCGCAAGCCCAAGUACUUCAACCGCGUGCAGAUGGGCUACGAGUGGAACAAGUACAACCAGACACACUACGACCAUGAUAACCCUCCACCCAAGGUCGUCCAGGGGUACAAAUUCCACAUCUUCUACCCGGACCUGAUCGACCCGACCAAAGCGCCGACAUACAAGAUCAUCCGCGAAGGCGGGCGGAAAAAGGGCCAGACCAUGGCCCCCGCCGGCGAGGAGGAUACCUGUAUCAUCAGGUUCAUGGCCGGCCCGCCGUACGAAGAUAUUGCGUUUCGCAUCGUCGAUCGCGAUUGGGAUUACUCGGCAAAGCACGAUCGCGGGUUCAAGAGUACCUUUGAGAAGGGCAUACUUACGUUGCAUUUUAGUUUCAAGAGGAUUGUCUACAGAAAGUGAAACGCCACCGACGGCAACAAUGCUUCUUCGCGACGCGCUGAGCGAUGGAGCUGAGCAUCGCCGGCGAACCGACUCGAGCUCAAGAAUUGAGACGCCCGAGUCAAAAGCAAG